CCUUGACAUUGAUUACAAGCUGAUGCAACUGCAACCAUGUGAAAUUUUCGCCGCUUCGCGAUUUAUUUAACUUACGAUUUAAGUAUACGAUCUCCAGUUCGUGGCCCAGAUUGUGUUUUUGAUACAAAGUUACUGUGUUUGGUAAUAUUUCAAGCAAACAGUCAUGGCAGAUGAAGAGUUGCCCCUCUUUGAUCCUAAUUUGAAAAAGAAGAAGAAAAAGAAGAAGACUCCAUUUGAUCUCGAUGCGGCCAUGGGGGAGAACGAGAGCGGGGCGGCUGAUGGAGCGCCUUCGGCUCCAGCUGAAGAGGCAGUGGAGGAGCCAGCCGAGAAACCGGACGAAGAGGUAUUUGGAGGAUUAAAGAAGAAGAAAAAGAAGAAGAAGCCAUUUGACUUGGAUGAUGUUGGAGAUGCUUUGCCGGACGGUGGGGAGGGAAGUGAAGCUCCAGGGCAGAACGAGGGAGAUGAGGGCGGGCCGAGGGAUGAAGCAACAGACGAAACAUUUUCCCUGGACUUCUCCAUCAAGAAGAAGAAAAGAAGGAGGAAGAGGGUGGACUUUGGAGAGCAGGGUGUGGAGGAAGAGGUGGAGGAUGAGGAAAUAACCGAUAAGGAUGGAAAACCUGGGGAUACCAAAUCAUGGAUUGGUUCUGACAGGGAUUACACAUAUGAUGAGCUUCUGACACGGGUAUUUGACAUAAUGCGGGAGAAGAACCCUGACAUGGUUGCCGGGGAGAAGAAGAAGUUUGUCAUGAGACCACCUCAGGUGCUAAGGGUUGGCACCAGGAAGAGUUCCUUCGCUAACUUUGCAGAUAUCUGCCGAUUAUUACAUAGGCAGCCAAAACACGUGCUGGCCUUCUUGUUAGCUGAGUUGGGUACAAGCGGAUCUGUCGACGGCAACAACCAGCUGAUCAUUAGAGGGAAAUAUAAUCAAAAACAGAUAGAAAAUGUUCUUAGGCGAUAUAUAAAGGAGUAUGUGACAUGCCACACUUGUCGAUCACCGGACACGCUGCUACAGAAAGACACACGGUUGUUCUUCCUGCAGUGCGAAACGUGUGGAUCCCGCUGCUCCGUAGCCAGUAUCAAGUCUGGUUUCCAGGCCGUCACAGGCAAGAGAGCAGCUAUCAGAGCCAAGACUUCCUAAAUCACCCUUCUUCUUUACGAGGAGUACAGAGGUGUUUUGCGUCAUGUAAACAAGUUGACAGAUUCUUGGAUAUAUUCUCGAUGACUGGAUGGUGAAUUUGAUAUUUGUGAUCCAAAUACACUGGGCUAAGACAUGUCCAGUAAGAACAGAACGUGUUGGAAAAGCAUGAAAACUGUGUCACUUUCCAGUAGACAGUGUGACAAGUUCUGUUUUGACUUCAUGGUCUGUAUUGGGAUUAUAAUGAGAUUCAUUGACUUUGGAAGACAACUACAUUUAGGACAUAUGCAAAGUAAAGAAAUAUACCAAUUACUAAUAAAUGCGAAUUACUAUAUGAUCACGAUGUUGGUCUGUAUUGUCUUGAACAGCCUGGUGAAGGAAUUCUUAUUUAAUUGUCAGCAGUGACAUUGAACUGUUCCUUUAACCACUUGUGACUUAACCAUUACAGGAGGUUCUUUUGUUUUCUAAAUCAGUAUGUAAUUGAUACCAUUUGAUGAAUAGGUGUUGAAUUUGAAUUUUUAUCUUCAGAUAGGGAUAGGGAUUUGAUGGCAAAUAUUAGUAUUUUAGUAUAAACAUCACAUUCACCUCAACUGUGGAUAUUCCUGAAUGUUGUAAUAUUUCAUCUGUAAUAUCUCAUCAAUGAUGUACAUACAUGAUCGAAUCAAGCCAUGUGUACAGUGUACAUGAUAUAACUGUACAUUAAACAACUGUACAUUAAACAACCUGCACAGUGUAUGGCGUCCCCCUGAUGGGAGGUACUAUCUCAACACUGUCCAUGCUUGAUAAAAUAAAUAGUUAAUGUUG